CGAAUUCCUGUCAAACCGAAAGUCUACAAAAAGUUUUGCCCAAACAAAUAUACAUAUACGAGACCUGAAACUAGUGAAAACUUUUACAAUCCUUUAUACUGAAUAUUACACCUUUUACAACCCAUAUAUUCGAAUUUUCCAUACUAAUCGUCAUGCAGCGCAUUCAUAAGGAUAACUAUGUGCCCAAGUACAAAAGCGGCAAAUGGUCAUGGGAUUCAGAAAAGGAUUGCCUCAACUUUCAGCCGCACAACGAUCUAGAAAACGCCAGAGAGCGGUAUAUCACCACCAACGGGGUCAAGUUUUUGCGAACCAUCGACCAGGAGGAGGAACUCAUCUACCGGCAGGAAUUUAUGCGUCCUCCGUCCAGCUUUGCCGCCGACGUCGUGUCCAUAUCUGAUAUACGUGACUUGGUUCUCUACGUGAUGCCAGAUGAGUUUCUAUCGUACAAGUUCAUUGAUUUUUUGCACCAGCCCCAGGUGGAAGAACUGAUCCACUCACUUAUUAUAUACUUUGAGUACUACUUGCGCAUGGUUGAGUUCGUGAUGAUUCGUCGCGAUGAAAUCUCGGGCCAGAUGGCCCAGAUGCAGAGUGAGCAAACCAAUGACAUGAAGUGCACCUUGUCCGUCUAUUUGUCCCAGUAUCGCAUGCUGGUGGCCCGCAACUACUGUGAGAUCUUACAAGACCAAGACAACAUGGCCAAGUUCUACCAUCUGAACAUGAUCGUCAAACUCUCGGACACUACCGGCGAUAAGCACUUUCACGAGAAAUUUCUUGCCGUUCUCGUCCAAAUAAUCUGGAUCUGCAUGUAUCGCCGGGCGUACUUUGUCAUCGAAAUGGAGAUGAAUCGGCUGUUUCGCUCCGAGCAUUUCUUGCCUGCCCACGACAAGUAUCCUGUCUUUUCGGCAACGGAGCGUAGUUUUCUAUACGGUAGGAAUAACAAGAACGUCAACUAUCGUUCUCAGGAAUCGCCUUUGGUUCAGGAGUUAAAGCUCGUUCCUGCAGAGGAUCUGCCCAUACUGUGGAUUGGGAAGCGAAAGUACCGAGGCAACGACAUUCGCAUUGCUGAGAUGGAACUGGAAUAUAUUGUGCCCGGAACACAGCUCUGUUUGAUCGAUAUCGCCCAUGGCAUUCUGGGACAUCCGAAGUACCUGUACAACACUCUUCUGCAGCUGGAUUGGCCUUCUGUGCGCUACUCAAACUUUUCAGAGGAGUUCGAUCCGUACCACAUCAUCAGACAACCUAAUCUACAGAUUCCCAAACUAGAUGAGCUCAAGAUGCGCAAGAUGAGUGAGAAGUAUGAUCAGUUCUAUGAUCUUCUACAUGUUUUCGAUCCUUGCAGUCAUUUUCAUAUAUGCAAGUGGUUGAGGCGCAAAGCAACCAUUAAGUUAUACCGAUCCGGACGUUUGCUCACCAACGUAGUCUCGCGCUGCGAGAAGGAAUUGGCUAGUAAAUCCACUGGGCCAAGAUUCGAUCAGAUUGUGUCCAAUUACAUCGCAGAUAUGUCUAAAAAACGCAAAGAUGAUGGAAAAGUUGACGCAGAUACAAUUAGUUAUGCGGGCAGUGCUUAUUCUCGAAAAAGUGGUAUUUAUCAUCGCUAAAAUUUUGUUACUGCAAUUUUAUCACAUCUGCAUAAUUAUGUAUCUCUAUAUAAAUAUAU